AUGCCAGAUGCACUACCAAAACUAAGACUCAUGCUGAAUGAAGAGCGCCGGUAUAGUUUCAACAUCUACACGAAUACACAGGGCAUUCGAAUCGAGAGACACCCACUUUUGCGCGCUACUACGCAUACCGUUACUCAGCACUUCUUCAUCUCCGAAAAAAGGACACAUGGGCACACACGCGAGCAUGGCAUCGUUACGCGAUGGAAGUCGAUCAAUGGCAAACCGGAGCUUGAUAUCAAAACCGGUAGAAAGACCGAGUGCAUGUCUGCCAGAUCUUGGCUGCUAGAACGAUAUGGCGGCGAUGUCACUCGUCGGGACUUAUUCAACGAGUGGUUCGAUCUUUACCAUACGUCGUUUCGAUUCAUGGAUCUUCCGCUUGAACUGCGGUUCAUGAUCUUUGAGGCAUCGAUAGGGCCGGUAUUAUGGCCUCAUCAUAGAGCCACUGAAGAGUCGCAGGCAGCUCUGAUGACCGGCCGUCGUGCACAUGAUGCAACACCUGCAUCACGGCAUGAUCAAAACAACACACCACGUAACUCAUCUCCACAAGACGCGGAAACGAACGUCAACACCUGGCCACGGGGAAUAUCCACCAACGCGCCAAGGCUGAGAGACAAAGUAUCCUGCCAUCGUCCGCCAUCCAGCCGUCCUUACGGAUCGACCCGCAAAGCUACCGGUUGGAUCAAAACCCUACUACUCGUCAGCAAAGCAUUCAGUUCCGAAGCCCAGAAGACGAUCUGGGAAAGUACAAUCAAGAGAUUCGACAACAUAGCAACUCUGACCAGAACGAUCCCACAUCUCGAUGCCAUCCCAUUCAACGCACUCCGACGCGUAUCACUCACAUUCAGCGACCGCGCAUACCUCCGUCUCCUCGGCUACAAAACCACCGCCGAGUUAGCAUUCGCUCCGCUUCCCGCUGAGAAAGCUAAUCGCUUGAGCGUCCUAGCUUCCAUCAACAGCAUCGAAUACCUUGACCUCCACUUCCAAGCCCCCCUACCCUUUCGAAUCCUCGGCGAUAGACUUCAUCCUGUCACGCAGUUCAAGCUUGAUCCUGUUGUUAUGCAGUGUCAGAAAGUGUGGGUUGAGUGGGUUCUCACGCUCUUGUAUGAGCAGUUUGUACAAAGGUAUGAGGAAGGGGAGAAUGUACCAAUGGUUUCUGUGAGCGGAGAUGUGAAGAACAGUACGAGGUGGGAGUGGGAGCCGGUAUGGAGGGAGUUCAAGCACAGGAUUCGACGCGACUUCUCCUCAAAAGCGGCGGAGAUCAAGGCUACUCCCGCCACUCAAUUGUAA